GUCACACAGAGUGUCGCACAGCUCUGGCUAGAGUCUAGCCUCUGCUGCUCUGGAAUCUGGUGCAACUUGCAAGCAAAGUGUCCAUCAUCAUCAUCUCUGUUUUGGGCCCAGGCUUCUUGAAGGGGCGGACCCGAAGGAUGCACUCUGCAAAGCUUGGCUUCUGAACGCUGCUCAAGGUUGGAGGUAUCUUCAAAGAGAAGGAAACCUAAAUGUGCGAGAGGCGGAAAACUGUACCAAGAGCAAGGGCCUUUGCUUAUCCUUGUCGAGCUUGAAUGCAGCGCGUGCCGUCAUCCGGGCGCUUGCCAGCGCUGACCAUCAACACUGAUCCUAUGGAGCACAGGCGCAGUCCUCUCAAGCUGCCACUUCACAGCAAGAGAGCAACUGGUCCUGAGGAUCCUGAAGGUGUAGAAAGCCCUCGGAAGAGACUGAGGUUUGACUUUGAUGGCUGGAAUGCGCAGCAAACCGUGAGCAAGAUGGGAAGCUCGAUCAAGGAGAAGGUUUCGGAGAAGCUGGAGGGGCUUCAUUGGCCGGGGGGGUGGCAUGCCAAGCUGUUGCUGAUUAUUCUGGGGCUGCUGAGCUGGGAGAUUACGAAGGCGGCACUUGGCAUGAGUUCUGGCAUGCUGGCACUCGGCGCUCUCCGCGAGGGCACCCUCUUCAGUACCCAUGGCCGGUUGAGCGCUGAGCUCGACAUGAUGCGCAUCAGAGCAGGAAACAGAAGUGAUGCGCACCGAGGCGUGUUCAGCGAAGAGAAGAAGCAGCUUCUCAAGGUGAUCGUGGGGCUGGAGGCGCAGAAGGAGCGACUGGAACGGGAGUCGCGAGAGGCGUCAGUACGGGCGUCUGCAUUCCAGGGGGCGUACGAGAAGGAGAAGGAGAAGUCUGCGGCAGCAAAGGAGUUGGAGGACGAAGUGAAGCGACGGGCGCACGAGCUGCAACAGACGAGAGCAGAAAUCGAGACGCGGCGGCAGGAACUGGAUCAGAAGAUCGCUGACUUCAACGCCUCGGCGAACGACUUUACAGAAGCAGACACCCCCUCCGAGACCGAACCCUCCAGAGCUUCCACCUCAGAGGCCCUGUCAGAGACGGAGGCGACAGCCGGCGCACUCGGAAACAGUCCACACCUGCCGAAACAGGGCCUCGUUUUCGCUGAGGUGUUCGCGGUGGACGAGAGCCAAGUGAAAGAGGACAUCUGGCGCAUGAUUGGGGACGUGCGCUUUGACGUGACGAACGCUGCGGCGGUGAUGUAUGCCCGCCAGCCCGCGACAGCCAGGGGGGUCAAGAUUGCCAGGCCCCACCCCCUCAAAACCGAGCCCGUCAUGCUCGAGUCCCGCGUCUCCCCCAUCCGACUGGAAAGCACCUCGGUUCCCGCCAACCGGGCAGAAAUGGCGCAGUGCACACAGCGGUUCAACGUCCCGGGGCUCGUCUUCUCGACCGGGGGAUACAACGGCAACAACUUCCACACGUUCAUUGAGGGCGUCGUGCCGCUGUUCAUAACCGCGCGGCAUUAUGGCGGGGAGGUCGUGCUUAUGAUAAGCGACUCGCACGACUGGUGGGUCGCCAAGUUCAAGGCGUACUUGCAAGGCCUGAGCAACUAUCCCAUCUUGCGAAUCGGACAGGAUGACGGCAUCCUCUGCUUCGCUGACGUCACCCUGGGUUUGCGUUACCACGGCAACCUCCACGUGGACCCGGAACGGAUGAGCGACCGGUCGGACAUCUUCGACCUGGCGCGGCUCUUCACAGAAGCCUACCAGCUUCCGGUCCCCACUGAACGGAUUCCGGGCGGAACUCCCCAGCCCAUCAGAGUCGGGAUAGUUGACCGGCGGCCCGGCUCGCGGGUUAUCGUUAACCAGGCGGAGGUCGAAACGAGCGCGAUUGCGCGGGGGAUGACGGUGCAGGUUAUCGGUGACGAAGUUUUCCAGAGCCUCCGGGAGACGGUGCGCGCCUUCCAGUGGGCUGACGUCAUCAUCGGCGUGCACGGGGCGGGGCUGACGCACAUGGUGUUCAUGCGCCCCGGGACGGUGUUGGUUCAGCUGGUCCCGUUCGCUGUCGACUGGGCGAGCGACAGCGCAUUCGGGGAGCCGGCGCGGAAAAACGGGUUACAUUAUCUGGGUUACAAGGUAACCGUUGAGGAGACUGGGCUGUUGAAGAAGUACGCGCCCGACGAUCCGGUUGUCACUAACCCGAAGGAGGUUUGGGAGCGGGGUUGGUCUGCGGGUGGGGAUAUCUACUUGAGAGAGGACGUCACGCUGGCGUCAGAGGGGAUCAUGGAGAUUUUGGAUUUUGUGGAACGGAAUCUGGGGAGCUCGGCGAGUGGGUCUGGCUUGGUUGGGAAGUGCAGCGGGCCUGAUAAAUUUAAUUGUAUUUGAGAGGCACCAUUGGCACAACGAAACAGCUUGUUUCAGUCAUCAGCAUACACUACUUUGUGUAACCCUGGGUUGUAAGAGUUGCCAUUUAAAGCAUUGAAGUUCGCGCUCAUACAAGGUGCAUCUUACGUUGGAGUUGGAGCGCUUACUACUGAUUGAUGGGAGCCAAGUAGACCGCCUAGACUUCCCAACAAAACUGGACUCACGAAUAAGGAUUCUUCACAGCCAGGCUCCUACGAUAGUCAAAGUAGUUGCUCUUGUUCGCCUUUGACAAUCACCUAGCUCGUAGCGUCUUGCUACGGUCUGGUAGAAAUACACAGUAGUUGACGGUCAACCUUUAUUUGUUCGUGUAUCAUAAGACAAAAAGACAUCAUUUACUUCAUUGAACGAGGUACGGCAGCAGCUGAAGCGUAC